CACACACACAUACACACAACUAAUUGCAACCCACACACAACAGAGGUGUCGAGCGACGCGCGGUGAGAAGCAUCUCCCCCAAAAUCUCUCCGUCCUGAGGGCAGAACUGCGCGCCGAACCGGAGAGCCUGGAAGUUCCUCACUGUCUGGUUUGUUCAAGGAAGCAGAUGGACGAAAGCGCCGAGCACAGACCAUCUUCUGCUCCGCGAGAGUGCACUUUGUGUUGAAGCAAAAAGAAAGAAAGAAACAAGAAAGAAAGUGAAGUUCGCCGCUGACGCUGGUGCGUUUUUACGCACAUCCUUACGCACGAGCUGAGGCUAAAAGCGCCAGAGAGGACGAAGCAGCGCUGAGACCCUGCUCCUGCUCCUACUGCCUGCAUGCUCUGAGAGCCACUCCACAGGCCUCCCUGGAGCUUCAGUGGAGCUUAUCCGAUGUGGAGCCAGCACUCCGAGCCCCGGGCCCGGCCGUGGGGAUGGCAGCCUCUGCCCUGAACUUGAACAGCAUUGGAGUUAUGAACAGCAGUAACCAGUUUCACGCUCAGUCAGGCUCCUCUAGCGCCGCCUCUCGAGCCAGAACCAGCCCCGUAGCCCGACCUGUGCUCCCGGUUCCGGAUCGGGGCACCUAUUGCCAGUUUGUGGGGGGUGGUCUCUAUUCGCCCACAAGCCCCAAGACAAGCCCCCGAUCCCUGGGCCACGCCUUCGUCUUUCCUCCUCCCUCCUAUCUCUCCCCCUCCCCGCGGGCCCGCUCCCCCUCACCGCGGAGCCCGGAUCGCCUCGGAGCCUACGUGGGCCAGCGAGUCCGAUGCCUGAGCGGCGAAAAUCCAGGGGAAGGGGGCGGGGAGGAGGAGAGUGGAGGGGAGGCGAGGAGAGAAGAGAAGCGAGAGGACGUUAGACGGCAGGCACAGUUGGAGCAGAUCCACAAAGAGCUACAGAACGUCGAGGUCAGAGGGAAAGUGGGCAUAUUUGAGGCCCACAUUUCUGGAAUCCGUGCCCAGGUACUCAAAGGUGAGCUCCAACGCAGCCCUCGGUCUCCAAGACGAAGCCUGUUCCCCUCAGACCCCGGCCAGAGUAACACAGGUCCAGAAUGCCCGGAGACCCACAUGCAAGAGGCUAACGCUCCUUCUGUUAUUCCAAAUGGACAACAAAUGGAGGAAGGAGCGAAGAACGAAGGUGGGAAGGAAACCGAAAACAAAACACCCAUGGAUCAAUACAACUUCUGUUCAGACACAACAGUACAAACUCUUGCUGCGGAAGGACUCCCAGCGUCCCUGAACGCAUCAAGAAAAGAUGAAAUGACAGAUGGAGGGAUAAAAGUGGGAGACGUCCUUCAAGAAGUAUAUAUAGAAAAAGACAAAUGGGAGGUUGAAACUAAGUUCAUGUCAGGAGAUGAAAGAGGAUGGACAGAUGGAGAAGUGAACGAUGGCAAACGGGACAGGUUUUGCCCCAAAGAGCUGUCGGAGGCCGCUUUGCCUCAGCUCCACAUCGUAGAGAGCUGCCCCAGCUUGCACGACAGUUCCUCCAACCACUUCUCGGGCAUGCUUUCCUCCAUCCCCGCUGUGAUAAUAACUGACCACGGUUUGGAGAGCCUGCCUCACGCCACGGGAAGCCCGGGCUCCGACCGACCAUCGUCCCGCUCCACCAGCCCCGUUCCAAACACUUCCACGCGCUCGCUCAGGAAGCUGUCUUCCUCUUCUGCUUCGUCAGCUGGUUUUUCUUCUUCUUGGGAGGAGUCCGAGGAAGAUAUUUCCAGUGAUACGGAAAAAGGAGAGCGCCUUCUCAACCCUGCACUCCUUAGUUCUCAGAAAGCACACAAGUCUUGGAAAAAAAUAAAGAACAUGGUUCAUUGGUCGCCCUUUGUGAUGUCCUUCAAGAAGAAAUACCCCUGGAUUCAACUGGCAGGACAUGCAGGGAGUUUCAAAGCGGGAGCAAACGGACGCAUCUUGAAAAAACACUGUGAAUGCGAGCAGCGCUGUUUGUCUCUGCUCAUGAGGGACGUGCUCCGUCCAUAUGUCCCUGGUUACCAUGGAGACGUGGAGAAGGAUGGACAGAAGUACAACCAGAUGGAAGAUCUUCUGGCUGAGUUUGACUACCCAUGUGUGAUGGACUGCAAAAUGGGAGUGAGGACCUACCUUGAAGAAGAGCUGAACAAAGCACGUAAGAAGCCUUCCCCAAGGCCGGACAUGUAUCAGAAAAUGGUGGAGGUGGACCCCGGAGCCCCCACGUCAGAGGAGAACGAGAAGAAAGCCGUCACCAAGCCGAGGUACAUGCAGUGGAGAGAGACCUUAAGCUCCACAGCCACUCUGGGAUUCAGGAUAGAGGGAGUCAAGAAAGAGGACGGGACGGUCAACAGAGACUUUAAGAAGACAAAGACGAGAGAGCAGGUGACCACAGCUUUCCGUGACUUUGUGAAGGGAAACAAGGACAUUGUGAAACUGUACCUGAGUAGGCUAAAAGAAAUCCGAGCGACUCUGGAAGUGUCCCCCUUCUUUAAAACUCAUGAGGUCAUCGGCAGCUCCUUGCUAUUCGUUCACGACAACAAAGGACGGGCCAAAGUUUGGAUGAUCGACUUUGGGAAAACCACGCCUCUUGUUGAAGGAAGGGAGCUAACCCACCGGGCAGCGUGGGUUGAGGGGAACAGAGAGGAUGGCUACCUUUUUGGACUUGAUAGUUUGGUGGACAUCCUGGAGAACAUGGAAAACGCUGAGACUUGAAGUCUUUUUCUUUGUUUGUUUGAUUUGAAAUAUGAGUGAACACUUGGACACAACCACUUCCUGUCAUUCUUCAUUCCUUUAGGGAAUAUGUUGCACUUCCUGAGGGACUUCUCAAACACUUGAACUCUUCUCCCCUAAAGCAUCAAAGCAUGCCUGACCCAUGAGUCCUCACAGAAAAAACACAACAAUAAAUACCGUUUUUGUGACAUUAAAAUUAUUUUUUGUGCAAAGAAAUAUUUUUUUUUUAAAAGCUAAUAUUUAUUCCCCAUUUUAAUUAUGUGUUCCCAGAAAUCUUAGUUUUGGAUUAAAUCGAUAUAUUUAUAUAUUAAAUUAUAACUAAAAGAGACAUUUUAAUGGUUUUCCAAAAACGAAAUUAAUCAAAUUUGUGAAAACUUCUAAAAAAGUUGUUUUUUUAAUAACACUUACUUUUUCAUAAAAUAAUUAAAACAUAGAUUUAUUAUCUUUGUAGUCAAUUUUGAAUCUAAUUCAAGCAGAAAUCGACCUAUUUAGUUAAACCGCAGGUUUAUAGUUUGUGAAAAUCAGUUUAAUGCUUUUGUUUGACCACUCAAACCCAAAUCUAUCGAGUGCAGAUCAGACUCAUGUAUGCAGCACCGCAAUCUGGCACCUUAAUGAUGCAAAAAUCUCUCACAGCCGUUAGAGAAGACUAUAUUUUAAAUGUUUUUUUUUUUGCUUCUGUUGCCAAACACUUAACAUCUUCCCUCACUUUUUUCCCAUCUUCUUACAAUGUUUCUCUACAUUUAUCUUGCUGGGUAUUUUGUUUGAUUUUGCAACCAUAUUUUAGUGAAACACUUACAGCCAUGAACAAUCUUAUUUAAGCUAUCCAGUGCCUUGACGAUACAGAGCCAAGUCAGAAAACCUUCAAAAAAAAUUAGCUAUCAAAUGUUACUAAGUGUUUUUCUCCUGGUGUCUAAUGUGGGUGUUUUUGGUUCAACAUGGGUGCAUGUUUUUUUAUGCUUUAUUAAUAAGUUGUAAUUUGUUUUAUUUAAACUGCUUUGUCUGGUGUUUAAUUUUUAGUUCGUUGGAGCCUUUAAAAAGUUUGAGAUUUUUUUGUCCUCUUUUGCUUUAAAGCUUGAGUGAUAGUCAAAGGACACGGUGUGUUUGAAUUUGAGAUGUCACAAAAAAAAUAUAGUAAAUAAUUCUUCAGUUCAAGGUAACAUAUUGGGCAAGAAUCUACGGUGGCCCUGAACGGUCAAAAUACAACACUUUAAGGUCACAACACAACACUUUAAGUUCAUGACACAACACGAGGGUCACAAUACAACACUUUAGGGUCCCAACACUUAUGGUUCACAACACAACAAUUAAGGUUCACAACACAACACUUUUAAGUUCACAACGCAACAAUUUAGGGUCACAAUGCUUUAAGGUCACAACACAAUACGUUCAAAACACAACACUUUAAGUUCAUGACACAAGACUAGGGUCACACAAUACAACACUUAUGGUUCACAACACAACAAUAAAGGGUCACAACACAAAUAUUUAAGUUCACUAUACAAAACUUUAGGUUCACAACACAACACUUAAGGUUCACAACACAACACUUAGGGUCCCAACACAACACUUUAGGGUUCACAAGACAACCCUUUUAAGUUUACAACACAACAAUUUAGGAUCACAACACAAGACUUUAGGGUUCACAACACAACACUUUUGAGGUAACAACACAACACUUUAGGGUCACAACACUUUAGAAUUACAACACUUUAGGUUCACAACACUUUAGGGUCACAACACAAUACUUUAAGUUGAGUCACAAAGCUAAGACCUUAAAGUGUUCUGUUUUGACCCUUCAGGGCCACCAUAUGAAUCUCUAACAUAACCGGGUUUUGAGCAAUAAAAAACUAAACAGAUAAGAAUUUCAAAAUAAAAUACAAGGCUUCAGGCUCUAGUUGAGGUUUGCUGUGACAUUCAGUAGGAAAAACUGCAGCUUCAUGCUGCUCUUUUAGAAGAAAUGGUCAAAUCAGGAAAUGUUGCUUUGUCGUGUACAAGUAUGAAUUGUGCUAAGUAACCCUUUAAGAUCACCCACCUUAAUGAGACCUCCUGCUCACCUAUGUGCAUGUACAGUUCUUUACGGUCAAAGGUUUGCUAGCCUGUGUAUUUAUUUGGAUUGAUCCUAUAAAAAAUAAGAAUUUUGUGAAAUACUCGUG